UUUAAAACCCUUGUUUGCUGCUCUGGCUCAUAGUUUCCACUGUAAUUUGCCCCCCAAAACCAGGUAAACAUAAUGGAGCUGCAAACAGAGAAAAGGUUCCACAACUUGACCCAUGAACAACUCCAGGCUCUGGACAAGGUCCUGACUGAGGUGAUACCCAUCCAUGGGAGAGGCAAUUUCCCCACAUUGGAGGUGAGAGCCAAAGAUAUUAUUCGGGUGGUGAAGGACCGGCUGAUUGAAAGAGACAUCCAAGUCAAGGACAUCCGCCUUAACGGUGCAACUGCCAGCCAUGUGAUGGUGAGGGAUAAUGGCAUGGGCUACAGAGACCUGGACAUCAUUUUUGGAGUGGAGCUGCCCAGGCAGGAGGACUUCCAGGUGAUUAAGGAGGUGGUGCUGGGCAGCCUACGAGACCUUCUCCCCUGUGGAGUUAACAGACGCAAAAUUACCUGCCUGACCAUGAAGGAGGCCUAUGUACAAAAGAUGGUCAAGGUUUUCAACGAGCACGACAGGUGGAGCCUAAUCUCGCUGUCUAACAACAGAGCUAAAACUGUGGGGCUGAGAUUUGUUAGUUCACUUCGACGGCAGUUUGAGUUCAGCGUGGACUCCUUCCAGAUCAUUCUGGAUCGUAUGCUGGAGUCAUACUGGGAGAUCAAGGACCCAAACAUCGAAGGGUCAGGAAGUCUGAUGAAGGAAGGAGGGAAGUCUGCCAUCACCGUUGAAGCAGAGUGCAUGUAUGGAGACUUUGAACAGGCAAUAGAGCACCUUCGCCUCCGCCUCAUUGCCACCCACAAUCCCGAGGAGAUCCGAGGAGGGGGCCUGCUGAAGUACAGCGACCUGCUGGUGAGGAACUUCAGGCCGGCCAGCGAGACGGAGAUCAAGUCCUUGGAGCGAUACAUGUGCUCCCGCUUCUUCAUCGACUUCCCCGAUGUAAGCGAGCAGCAGCGCAAGAUCGAGACCUACCUGCAGUGCCACUUUAUCGGCAACGAGGAGACAAGCAAGUACGACUACCUGAUGACCCUGCGGCGUGUGAUAGACGAGAGCACGGUGUGUCUGAUGGGACACGAGAGGAGACAGACCCUCAAUAUGAUCACCGUCCUGGCUCUGCGGGUGCUGGGCGAGCAGAACGCCAUCCCAAACACUGCCAACGUCACCUGCUUCUACCAGCCGGCGCCGUACAUGACAGACCCCGUUUUCAACAGCUACUUCAUCGCCCAGGCCCAGCCCCCGCCUCCGCCCCCGCUCGUCUACCACCCCUACCCUCUACAUGUACACAUGCAGACUGGCCUGGUGUAGCUGUGACACGCCCGAGAGCAUGUAGGCAUUCAGCAUGUUGCUCUGUAACACAGAGGCACAAAUUGAAGUUUGGAAAGGACAGGCAACCUUGGGCGCAGUGUUGUUACAUGCCUUGAAACACCCCUCCCCCUGCCUUCGACAUGAGAGACAGAGGUCAGGAUGGUGAGGGCUUUUGAUAAGAGGCCAGCAUGUCACCGUUUCAAGAUGAGGACUUUUGAACAGGAACGAAAAGGUAACUGCCCACUUUCAGCAAGCUGCAAGACAGAAUUUAAUCGAAGCAGAGGGAUUUUGUUAACUGUUGAUUCAGCUAAGUUUUGGCAGGGCUCAACUACUCUGCACUGGUUACCCUCCCGUGUCAAGGAGCGUACUGAGAUGAGAUAAUUCACUAUGGAUAUUAGAUAAACAUCUAAUUUACAAAAACACCAUCUAUGAAAACCUAUUGGCAACAAAAAUCUUUAUUUGGACAGAGUUUCAGUAAGGCUAGUAUGUAGGCUUCUUAGGGGUUCUAACCUUCUAUAGUUGUAUUGUGAUUUCUCUACGGAGUGAAUUUCAGUGUAUCUGUUGUAUAGAAAUAGGGCACGGUUUACUGAAGUCAUUAAUUAGUAAAAGUCACCAUGGUGUUUGUGUCCCACGUUCUGUAAAUGUGAAUGUAAACGACUCAUUUCCUAAGUUUUAAAGAAGAGAUCUAAGAGCUCAACUGCAAGAUGUCAUCAGCAAACAAGAACCGGAGCUGCUCUGUUUGACAAUCAAUACCAGGUUUUAUGGACUCGAAGAACGUUUUGGGGCGAGCUUUUAUGUUGUAAUUAUUUUUAUUAUCGUACUUAAAGUCACGAACCCAAAGUCGUGCCCACAUGAUAAUAGCAUCAUGAAUGUCUCUUUACAGAAUGGCUUUUUCCUCUGAGUGGUCUUACACAUUUCCAAUAGGUUAAACAGAUCUUUCCCUGUGUAUUAAGUGGUGACGGUUAUUUGUUGUAGUAAAUGUCAGUUCUGUGGGGGAUAUGCCUGCCUCUGUGUGCAAAAAUCUUACUGAACAUAUCAUGUAGUUAAGCAGUGUCCAGCGCAGAGUACAGCAGUUAUUGCACUGUGCCUCUAUGUGUUUGUUCAUUGUGUAUGCGUACAUAUACUUGGAAUAAAAAACAAGCAAAAAAACUAAAAACUAAAAAAAAAACUAAAAACUAAAAAACAAAAGAGGAUUUCAGCACAGGUUAGGAUAUGCAGGCUGUUUACGCUAAAUCUGAGACUGAAGCACAAUGUAAAUGCACAUAGCUUUUGUUGAUUAGUGAGAAUGUUUCUGACAUGUUUGUAACACUUGAACAUUGAAGACAUCUACAAUACUGUGUGCACUAGUGCCCUACAUGUAGCUUCACAUUAGUAAGGAUUGUAUCUAUCUUGACUCUUAGUAUUGUGUGUCGUUAAGGACCCGUUGCGACAGUAGAGAAAGUAUUCCUGUUUAUGAU